UCCGCGUCCACCACCUCCUCCCCUGCCUUUCUUAUCAUUCUCUCUACCCCCCGCUUGCGUCUCGGGUCUCUUCCUCGCUCGCCUUCCCUCUCGUCCCGCGCGUCCCCCGGGUCGCUCGCGGUCUCGCACAGGUCGCCGGCUCUCUGCUGUGUUUGUGUUCUGUAUAUGCUCUGCGGUGGUGGUGGUUUGGGGGCGCGGAGUCCAUAUCGAUGGUCAUGGAUACUGGCCUGCACGAGCUGUGCGCGCUGCUGCCGGGAUCCAAGCGCGACGGCCACCUGCCAAUCUACCCCCAAAUCGCCGCGGCCGCCGCCAAUGGGUUCACGGCGGAGGACCUCGAGUCGCUGCUCUUCCUGCCGCACGACGGGAUCGCUGCCGCUGCGGGCGUCGGCGGCGGGUACCUGAAUGUCGCGCCGACUACCGUGGUCCCGCCUGCGUCCACCAACCGCGCGUCGCCGCCGCGGGAUGCCGCGGCCGCGCCCGCUCCGGCGGCGGCCGGGCAGCCGGACGACUCGGAGGCAUUCUCGGACAUCGUGCUGGGGUACAUCAACCGCAUGCUCAUGGCCGAAGACAUCGACGACAAGUUCGAGCACUACCCGGAGCACUCCGCGCUGCUCGCCGCCGAGAAGCCGUUCCUCGAGAUCCUCGCCGACCAGCCUACGAGCUCCGGCGGGAGCGCGGUCGAGAGCCCCGACGGUAGCAGCGUCACCAACUCCUGCAAUAGCUUCGGCUCCUGCAGCUGCGGCGCGGCGGCGUCCGAUGGCUUCGGCGCGGUGCCGACGCCGGCGCUCGACUUCCCCUCGGCGGCGUUCCUGCAGCCGCCGCAGCUGUAUCAGGAUCUGAGCCCUGAGAGCAGCGUGGUGGAUGCUGGCGGCCCGUGGCCGUACGACCCGACGGAAUUCUAUCAGCUGCAGACAAACCCGGUGCCGGAGGCCCUGCUUUCGCAGUCGCCGUCGUUCGCAUCAUCGAACGGCAGCGGUGUUGCACUAUCUGACGGCUUCGGGUCGUUGUUAAGCUCGUCUGGUGUUAUGCCGGAUGUUGGCUUGACUGAUUUUGUUGUGCAGAGCCAGCAGGCUAUGCAGUUCUGCCGCGGAUUGGAAGAGGCAAGCAGGUUUCUGCCUGACGAGAGUAAGCUUGUGAUUGAUCUUGAGAAGCCAGCAUCUGUUACAGGCUUGGUGGCUAAUGUCAAAGAGGAGAAGAGGUUUGCAGAGGUGAAGACAGAGAAGGCUGAUGUUGAGGCAGCAAUUCACCGGGGGAAGAAGCAUUUCUACGGUGAUGACUUGGAUGCAGAGGAAGGGAGGUGCAGCAAACAUUCAGCAUCUGCUAUCGACACUGAUCACCUUGUGCGAGAGAUGAUGGACAAGGUCUUGCUGUGCAAUGGAGAGACGUGCUCCAAAGGUGUCAAGGAGCUGCGUGAAGCCCUGCAGCAUGACGUUGCGAGGCAUUCGCACGGGGGUCAUGGGAAAGGGUCCGGACAUGGCAAGGGCCGUGGCAAGAAGCAGCCGAAGAAAGAGGUUGUUGACUUGGAAACUCUCCUCAUCCAUUGUGCUCAGUCUGUGGCCACUGAUGAUCGGCGUGGCGCAACUGAGCUCCUGAAGCAGAUCAGGCAGCAUGCAUCUCCCAAAGGUGAUGGUGACCAGCGCUUGGCGUACUGCUUCGCCAAUGGCCUUGAGGCGAGGCUUGCUGGUAAUGGUAGUCAGAUUUACAAGUCUGUUAUAAUGACGCGGUUUCCCUGCACUGAUGUGCUGAAAGCCUACCAGCUUUAUUUGGCAGCUUGCCCAUUCAAGAAGAUCUCUCAUUUCUUUGCCAAUCAGACAAUCAUGAAUGCCGUGGAGAAGGCAAAGAAAGUUCACAUUGUCGACUAUGGCAUAUACUAUGGAUUUCAGUGGCCAUGCCUCAUUCAGCGGCUAUCUACUAGGCCUGGUGGCCCUCCAAGACUCCGGAUCACAGGAAUUGACACACCUCAGCCUGGUUUUCGCCCAGCAGAGCGUAUAGAGGAGACAGGAAGGUAUCUAAAAGAUUAUGCUCAGACCUUCAAUGUCCCUUUUGAGUUCAAAGCUAUAGCAUCUCGGUUUGAGGCCGUUCAGAUAGAGGAUCUCCAAAUUGAGAAGGAUGAGCUGCUGAUUGUCAACUGCAUGUUCAAAUUCAAGACACUGAUGGACGAGAGCGUGGUGGCUGAGAGCCCGAGGAACAUGGUCUUGAACACUAUCAGAAAGAUGAACCCACAUCUGUUCAUCCACGGCAUCAUCAAUGGUUCUUACAAUGCUCCAUUCUUCGUGUCACGUUUCCGGGAGGCCUUGUUCCACUACUCUGCUGUUUUUGACAUGCUGGAGACAAACAUUCCAAGGGACAACGAGCAGAGGCUGCUCAUCGAGUCUGCCCUGUUCGGGCGGGAGGCAAUCAAUGUGAUCUCCUGCGAGGGAAUGGAGAGGAUGGAGAGGCCGGAGACAUACAAGCAAUGGCAGGUCCGGAAUCAGAGGGCCGGGUUCAAGCAGCUGCCAAUGAACCAGGACAUCAUGAAGCGCGCACGGGAGAAGGUCAGGUGCUACCACAAGGACUUCAUCAUCGACGAGGACAACAAGUGGUUACUGCAAGGGUGGAAAGGGCGCAUCCUGAUGGCGCUCUCGACAUGGAAGCCAGAUCACAAAUCAUCUCACUAGCUUAUUGGGCUUCUAUGAUUCCAGAGUACUGUAAGUGCAGACCUGUUCAUAUGUUGGAUGCUUGGGCUGAUUGUUCCUGGACUGCAACAUAUAAGCUAGAUCGAGCUGCUAAACAUCUCUUCACCAUCUUAUAUGGUGACAUGAUCUGGGUUCCCCCUGCAUGUUAGGUAGUUUUGGGCAGUGCAUUCUUUGAUGGAGCAGGCUAGGUAUGUUAAUUAUGCGGUAGACCUAGGAUUGUUUCAUGCAUGGAUCAAUCUCAUGAAAUCUUGUAUUAUAUUUGUUCCCGGUUAAUCAGUGCUGUCAGAAAUUUUUGGCCUUUUU